CUACUUGGUACGCUGUUUUACCUUAGCAUAUUAUUUGCACUUCAUGGUUUUUUAUUGUGUACUAUGGUGACUCAGGGUCGCGAUUUGUCGGUACCACGUUUAACUUUCAUUAUGACGGUAUUUGUCAAUACGUUCGGACACACAUGUCUCUAUUGUGCUGUAGGAGAAAUUUUGGUUUCACAAUGCGAAGGAGUUUAUCAAGCUGCAUAUAAAUACAAGUGGUAUAACUUGGAGCCAAAGAAAGCAAAGAACUUAAUGAUGAUAAUGAUUCGAGCCAACAAAUCGUUGUACCUUACCGCAGGAAAACUAUUCCCUAUGACGAUGUCUACUUUUUGUAACUUAUUAAAAACAUCGGGCGGUUAUGUAUCAGUUUUGUUGGCACAUCGAGAAUAAAAGUAAAAAUCUACGAAAGUCAGUAAAAUUGAUAAAAAUCUGAUUUUAAAACUCAUGC